CUGGCAGCGGCACGGACGAGCCCAUGGCCCGGGGGGCGGCCCCGGCCUCCGGGGCUUCGCUCUGCGCCCUGCUCUGGGCAGCAGCGGCAGCAGCGGCGGUGGCCGGCCCCGAGGGCAGCCCCGCACCCGGCGCCUUCGGCCGUGUCUACCGGGGCAACGUGAACAUCAGCGCGGAGCGGGUCUACGCCUUCGCUUACCGCAGCCAGCCUGGGCAGGUUGAUGCAGUGCGGGUGUAUGUGAACAGCAGCUCCGAGAACCUCCAAUAUCCUGUCCUGUUUGUAGUUCGCCAACAGAAAGGAGUGCUGUCAUGGCAGGUCCCACUAAUUUUUCGAGGCCUCUAUCAGAAGACCUACAAUUACCAAGAAGUGAGUCGUACCCUCUGUCCUUCUGAGCCAACACCUGAGACACGAUCCUCUGACCAGAUCAUAUUUGUGGACGUCGCUUCCAUGGCACCGUUUAAUAUUGCGUAUGAGCUACUAGUCACCAGGCUUGAGAACUUCCAACUUGAGACCAACAAAGCCUUUAACUUCACUGCCAGCCCUUCCCAACCCCAGUAUUUUCUGUACAGAUUUCCUCAGGAUGUCGAUUCAGUCAUCAUUAAAGUGGUGUCUGAUGCAGUCUACCCAUGCUCUGUUGUCUCCGUCCAGGACAUUGUGUGCCCAGUAUAUGACCUGGACCAUAAUGUGGAGUUCAAUGGUGUUUACCAGUCUAUGACUAAGCAGGCAGCCAUAACGGUGCAGAGAAAAGAUUUUCCAGGUGAGCAGUUCUUCGUUGUAUUUGUCAUCAAGCCAGAGGAUUAUGCCUGUGGGGGUUCUGUGCCUUCUUCUGUUCAUGGGAAUGUCAACCGUACCUGGAACCUGCAGCGGACAAAGAACCUUCAAGUGACGAUUGUGCCCUCUGUUAAAAAGUCUGUUUAUGUCCAGGCCAUGUUCUUCAGCUUCCUGAGUUUCCUCUCCUUUUACCUGGGCUCAGUGGUUGUUGCUUUUGUGCACUACAUCAGGGUUCAGAGGAAGGCUUCAGCUGGGAGACUGUGUCCUGAGGAUGGAUCUGGGAUCAUGACGCCUUCACAACCCAUCACAGCCAGCACCCCUGAGGGAAGCAGCUAUGGUGCUAUUGAUGAGUCAAGCUCUAGUGGUGGACGACGGUUUUCUUCCCCAGAGGGCAGGCCGCGGGCUGGCUCGGACACAGACAGCUCUGUGGAGGAGGAGAGUGACUUCGACACCAUGCCAGAGAUUGAAAGUGAUAAGAACAUCAUCCGCACUAAGGUGUUCCUCUAUCUGUCAGACCUGUCCAGGAAGGACCGAAGGAUUGUCAGCAAAAAAUACAAAAUCUAUUUCUGGAACAUCAUCACCAUUGCAGUGUUUUAUGCCCUGCCAGUCAUCCAACUUGUCAUCACUUACCAGACGGUAGUGAAUGUGACGGGCAAUCAGGACAUCUGCUACUACAACUUCCUGUGUGCUCAUCCCCUUGGGGUGCUGAGUGCCUUCAACAACAUCCUCAGCAAUGUGGGCCACAUGCUGCUGGGCUUUCUCUUCCUCCUGAUUGUGUUGCGCAGGGACAUUCUCCACCGUCGUGCCAUGGAGAUGAAAGAUGUCUAUACACUGGACUAUGGGAUCCCAAAGCAUUUUGGUCUCUUCUAUGCUAUGGGCAUUGCUCUGAUGAUGGAAGGGGUGCUCAGUGCCUGUUACCACGUCUGCCCUAAUUACUCCAAUUUCCAGUUUGAUACCUCUUUCAUGUACAUGAUCGCAGGACUGUGCAUGCUGAAGCUCUACCAGACUCGCCACCCAGACAUCAAUGCCAGUGCCUACUCUGCCUAUGCCUCAUUUGCUGUGGUGAUCUGUCUGGCCGUCCUUGGAGUGGUGUUUGGGAAAAAUGACAUCUGGUUUUGGGUCAUUUUCUCAAUAAUCCACGUUCUGGCCUCGCUGGCUCUCAGCACACAGAUCUACUACAUGGGUCGCUUCAAGAUUGAUGGCUCUGAAUCAGACUUGGGGAUGUUUCGACGGGCGGUGAUGGUGCUGUACACAGACUGUAUCCAGCGGUGCAGUCGACCUAUGUAUAUGGACAGGAUGGUGCUGCUCAUUGUUGGAAACCUGGUCAACUGGUCCUUUGCCAUCUUUGGGUUGGUGUAUAGGCCCAGAGACUUCGCCUCCUACAUACUGGGGAUCUUUAUCUGUAACCUCUUGCUAUAUCUGGCUUUCUACAUCAUCAUGAAGCUCCGCAGCUCUGAGAAGCUCCUGCCCGUCCCCAUGUUCUGCAUUGUGGCCACAGCAGUGGUGUGGGCAGCUGCCCUGUACUUCUUCUUCCAGACCCUCAGCAGCUGGGAGGAGACUCCAGCAGAGUCCCGGGAAAAGAACCGGCCAUGCAUCCUGCUGGGCUUCUUCGAUGACCAUGACGUUUGGCACUUCCUCUCUGCAGCUGCCUUGUUCUUCUCCUUCCUGGUCCUGCUGACCCUGGAUGAUGACCUGGAUGUGGUGCGCAGGGACAAGAUCCCGGUGUUCUGAGUGCCAGGGGAUGAGGGCGCAGGGGCGUCCCAAACUGCUCAACCAAAGCCAUUGGGUCGCUGGCAUCUGUGGGGAAUGAGCCUGCUCCUGUGGCCACCAGCCCUGCGGGAGCAGGGGAGCUGGAUCCCACAGCAUGCGUGAAGGGUGCUGCAGUAAGUGAGGUGGGACUGGGAGGGAAGAUGCCAUUUUCUCCUUUCUCACCACAUCCUCUGGGGCAGGAGUGACCCAGCACUGAGGCCAGUGCACAGCCCUUUGGCUUGUAGGUGCAGCAGGUGCUGGAGCCAGUGAAGAGGGAAGAAACAGGAGGUGUUUGAGCACUUGGCUUCCCUUCCUCCCUGCUGAUGUGCUCUGCUUCCUCUCUGGUGAGCAGGCUUGAGAAGUGCAGUGCAGCUCUUCCUGCAUUGGCAGCUGGUGCCUGUGCCCUGCAGGCUGCUGCCCUCUGAUAGUUCCUUUGGCAUCAUGGGGAGAGUGUUCGGUUCCUGUCCUGCAGCUGCCAAGGAAGCAAAGGACUUCAAACUGAGGUGGCAGUGGGACACUGCUCCUGUAGUGGUAGGAAGCCAUGGUAACAAACCACUGCAGUGUUGCAGGGAGAUGAUGGACUAGGGUUGCCCACCAGUGCU